AUGUUUCAAGGCUGCCAAUGCUGGCAAAUUUCUGUCUAUUAUUCUUGCUCUCAUCCACCGGCCAGGCCUCAAAAGAUUCGAGGAUUGGUUACUAACACUGGCCUCAAAAAGAUUCGAGGAUUGGUUACUAACGCUGGCCUCAAAAAGAUUCGAGGAUUGGUUGCUAACGCUGGCAACUUUCAGUCCACCGGCCGGGCCUCAAAAAGAUUCGAGGAUUGGUUCCUAAUGCUGAUUCGAGGAUUGGUUGCUAACGCUGGCACCUUUCAAUCCACUGGCCGGGCCUCAAAAAGAUUCGAGGAUUGGUUCCUAAUGCUGGUUGUCGCAUCAUGUCUAGAUUUGAUUGUAUAG